AUUUCCACAAAUUCGAUUUUAUUAAAUUAUAAUAAAAUUAAAAGAAAUGGGUUCUCAUAGUGUUGAGUUCUCUGUUCUUGUCCUAUUUCUUGUGUCCUUUCUGCUUGGCUUAUCAUCAGCAGAAAAGCUGUGCAGUGACAACGACGGCGACAACGGUUGUUUCCGGUCUAGGGUUUUGGCGGCGCAACAAGCUGAUCGAGUGAAGGAGCUUCCGGGACAACCACCGGUGAAAUUCCGGCAAUACGCAGGUUAUGUGACGGUUAAUGAAACACAUGGAAGAGCAUUGUUCUAUUGGUUCUUUGAAGCCACUCAUAAUCCAAGCAAAAAACCUCUCCUCCUUUGGCUCAAUGGAGGACCGGGAUGUUCAUCAAUCGGAUUUGGAGCUGCAGAAGAACUUGGACCAUUCUUCCCUCAAAACUCGAGUCAGCCUAAACUCAAGCUAAAUCCAUACAGCUGGAACAAAGCGGCGAAUUUGUUAUUCUUGGAAUCGCCGGUUGGAGUUGGAUUCUCCUACACUAACACAAGCCAUGAUAUAAAUCAACUCGGCGACACCAUCACAGCGAGAGACUCAUACAAUUUCCUUGUCAACUGGUUCAAGAGAUUCCCUCAAUACAAGUCACACGAAUUCUACAUCGCCGGAGAAAGCUACGCCGGCCAUUACGUUCCUCAACUUUCGGAGCUCAUCUACAAUGAAAACAAGAUUGCGCCCAAGAAAGAUUUCAUUAAUCUUAAGGGUUUAAUGAUAGGAAACGCGUUAUUGGAUGACGAAACGGAUCAAAAGGGGAUGAUAGAAUAUGCAUGGGAUCACGCGGUGAUAUCAGAUGCAUUGUACAAGAAAGUGAAUCAAAACUGCGAUUUCAAACAAAAACUUGUGACCAAGGAAUGCAAUGCGGCUUUAGAUGAGUAUUUUGAUGUAUACAAGAUCCUUGACAUGUACAGUCUGUACUCUCCCAAGUGUGUCCCCACCUCCACGAACUCCUCUACUUCUCAUUCAGUCGCUGGAAACCGCCCCCUACCCGCGUUUAGAAGCGUCUUGCGGCCCCGUCUCAUCUCUCACAAUGAAGGAUGGAGGAGGAUGGCAGCCGGGUACGACCCAUGUGCAUCGGAGUAUACAGAAAAGUAUAUGAACAGGAGAGAUGUUCAGGAGGCACUUCACGCUAAUGUCACCAACAUCUCUUACCCUUGGACUCAUUGCAGUGACACUGUCUCAUUCUGGUCUGACGCCCCCGCUUCUAUGCUUCCAACCUUAAGAACACUUGUAUCCGCGGGAUUGCGCGUAUGGGUUUUCAGUGGGGAUACAGACGGACGAAUCCCCGUGACCGCAACCAGAUACUCAUUAAAGAAGCUUGGUCUUAAGAUAGUCCAAGACUGGACACCUUGGUACACCAAACUACAGGUCGGAGGGUGGACGGUGGAGUAUGACGGGUUAAUGUUUGUGACGGUAAGAGGAGCGGGACACCAAGUUCCGACAUUCAAACCUAGAGAAGCUCUUCAGCUCGUUCAUCAUUUUCUAGGCAAUAAGAAACUUCCUACAUUUCCCUUUUGAUAUUUUCUCUAGCUACCCACAGAUUUUAUCAUCUUUAUAUAAUUCUUAAGAAAAUAAUAAACAGAUUUGAGCAAA